AUGGAGAGCAUCCCUGCACCCACGGGUCCUGAGGCGUCACCAGCAGAGGGUCACCACAUCGACCUGACAGAAGACCUGGCCCAGCAGCUGGAGGACAUCAUUAACACCUACCAGGAUGCUGAGAUUCCCGCUGAGCCAGAGGACGCAGAGGAGGUCACGGCCGUCAAAGAGGCAGACACCCGCAAGGACCAGAAACUGGAGAAGAAGAUGCUCAAAAAUCUAGGUGUUUGUUGUUUUUUUUUUCACUAAAAAUGUCUCAUUGAUCAGAGCUGGAGUGGGUUUUAUUCAGCUCCGUCAGCAGGAGUCCAAGUAGUACUGAAAGUGAUAGGUGUGUAAGUAGAGCUGAAAUGCUUGUAAGUGCAUCCAUCUGCAACAGACGAGCAAGUAAAAGAGAAAUUCCACCAUCUUUUUACAGAGGUGGAUUUCCUGUAAUCCCAUUGAUUGUUUAUCAGUUAAUCUUUUAGAGAUGGUGAGCUGAUCUGAGGCUCUUAAUCAUGCGGAAGAAUUCAAGCCCAGACCUGACUCGUAACUCUUUCUGUUGCUGAUCAGGGAAGGAAGCCAUGCUGCUGAUGCAAAGUUUGAACAAACUCAGCACACCAGAACUGAAACUGGAAGCUAUCAUCAAGAAGCAUGCUGAGCUGGUGAGUGGAUACAAGUCAAAAAUACCCAUUUGGUUUGUAACUCUAAUCCUAAUCUGGUGAUUUUUUUGUUUUGUUUUUGUAGUUAGAGGAACAUCGGAGCGACCAGAAGCAGCUGAAGGUUCUGCAGAAGAAGUUGCUCCAAGUGAUGAAGGAGAAGGAUCAGCUGCAGAGCGAGCACAGCCGGGCUGUGCUGGCCCGCAGCAAGCUGGAGGGGCUCUGCCGAGAGCUGCAGAGGCACAACAAAACCUUGAAGGUACUUUGACGCAAUCUCUCACCAUAUCGGUUCCUGCGCAGGACAGCUGAAAUCACAGCUGAAAUCACCGUUUGCUGUUAGUUUUUGUAGGUGUGGGCCGGCUGUUGUUGCCAUAUGUUGUGCCCAACAGGAGGUGACAUCAGAGAGAUCAACCAUUAUGUCAGAGCUCAGGCUUUGACCUCUUGAACCGCCACACCCAAAACUCAUGCUGUGAGGACAUGUGUUCUUCAAAAGCAGAUUUAAUUUCUCAUACUAGUGGAGAGGUUCACAAAGUCUAAAAAUAAUGCUUGUAUAGGGAUUAAUGAGUAAAAUUAGACAAAAAUUAUUCAUCUUUGAUUGUUUUUCACAAGAUCCUGGAGUGGUAUCCUUAAAUAAGAACUAUUUUUUGCACAAUAACCACGAUACAGGUGUGUCUGUUCUGUGCUGCAAUAAAAACAUGGCGUACAUCCUUAUGUAAAGAUAAAAAGCUCACUCUGGGUUAAACAGACGGACGGAUUUUCAAACUCAGGUGAUCAUACGCCAAUUUAAAAAUACUGUCACCCGCGUAUUUUCUUCCACUUAUCUGGGCCAAGUCACCUGCUUGUCCCGGGGGACUCCAAAGGUGUCCCUGUGCCAGUUGGCUCGAUAAUCCUCGCAGUCAGCUUUGGAUCUACCCCCAAGGUCUCCCCCCUGAUGUACCCAGAAACCCCCAAAGGCAGGCUCCCCGGAUGCUUUAGUAUCAGAUACUCAGUUUCCAAGCUCCUGACUCUCUCGCUCUCUAAGGCUGAGCUGUGCCAUGUCUUUAUGGACAUUGUAAUCCAAUUUCUCUGGGUAAAGCUUUGAGUGUUGUACUUAAAACACUGUAUACCAUUUUUUGGCAUUUAAAGAUCUUGUAAGUGGUAGUUUAAUUAAACUGACACUUCAAUUCAGUCAAAUUUAGAUACCAUAUGUGUAAUUUGAAACAAAGAGCUUUGUUAUUUCCCUUAGCGCCCCCUAUGGCUUCUUAUUGAUGCAGUUCUCAGUAUGAGAUGGGGAGCUUGUGACAUGAAACCCCUUAACACCAAAAACACAAGAAAAAUCACAUGAAUCUUUCUUGGGGUUUUUGAAUGAUUGACUUUUCAAAUUGCAGUUAAUUGCUUAAUUUCGGUAAUUGGAUUGGACUGUUUAAUAGCACGAUUAAAACUGACGUGUCUUAGGAUAGAGCUUUCCACUGUGUCGACCUGUCUACUAUCAGCUGCCACCUAUUUAGUGAGUAGGCUACUAUCAAUUUAUUCAGUGUAGUUUAAUCCACAGGUCUGUAGCGAAUCCAAAAUGGGACACUGUGAUGACAUCAGUAGCCACGUUUACAUGGGCAAAAUAUCUUGAUCCGAUUAAAAAUUUAAGGGAUUGGAUAAUCUGAAUCUUCUGUUUAUAAUAAUCCAAUCAUAAGAUGCUAGAAGCAUUUGGACGUGCGCAGAAUUGUCUGAUUUUAAAACAACCGCAGAAGAAGAAUAGUUGUAUUUAGGCCUGUGCUGUCAACAAACCAACAAACGCGGUAGUGGCUCACUUCGUCCAAUUCUGGAGUUUUCCCCCCUGUUAAAUGUUGUCACUGGAUGGCGUCCUUGCGUACUUAUUUUACUGUUUGCCUUGUUAUGUUACCCGAGGAGCGGAGUGUUAAUAAUGAAACCUCCUGUACUGGUGUCAUUAAAUAAGCCAAAGGCUAAAGAUUGAAGAUUGAGUCGGGUUAGAGAGUCACAAUCGGAAUAAGCGUUUAGAUGGACGCGUUUCGGAAUAACGAUCGGCAUAAACCACCCCUCUCAACCGGAAUACCAUUUAUUUCCGACUGAGCCAAAUCGGAUCAGAAUCUUCCAAAUGACAUGUUUACAUCUUGAAAUAUAUGCAGAUACACUAAUUAGAGACAAAACUAUGAUUGCCUUGAUGUAGUGAUACCCCACUCUCCCCUACUCUCUAAAAUCUGAAAGGUGUCCUUGGCUCCAAGUCAUUCUUCUUUUUAUGAUCACAGCAUACAAAGUCGUUUUAAGCGUUGACAUCCAUCUGUGAUCUACAGGAAGAGACCCUGCAGAGGUGCAGAGAGGACGACCUGAAGAGGAAAGAGAUCACCACGCAUUUCCAGGGGACCCUCAGUGAGAUUCAGGCCCAAAUCGAGGAACACAGCAGCCGAAACACCAAGCUGUGCCAGGAGAACAGCGCUCUGGCAGAGAAACUGAAGGGGCUCAUUUCACAAUAUGACCAGCGAGAGGCGGUACUGAUCCUACCAAAUACAAAUACUGUAUAUACAUGACAUACACCAUAAUCUACUGUACAUGCAAACCUACUUGACACGACCGCCUUCAUGUAAAAGCCUCGCACAUCUGGUCCUCUCUGCCAGUUUCAAACACAUGAAUUAUUUGCACAUUUCACCCGAGCCUUCCAUUUAUGAGCUGCUGUAUUUCAGUUUUAUGCGGCCAAAGAGCCCUGAGCGAGAAAUGAAACAGCUUUCGGUGUGAAAACGACUCAUAAAUUCACCUGAUUGUCUUCCAGAACCUGGAGAAGGUCUUCAAACACAGAGACCUGAAAGAAAAGCUGCUGGAAACCAAACUCACGCAGGCGAACAUGAUGCUGAAGGAGGCCGAGGAGAGGCACAAGCUGGAGAAAGAGCUGGUAUGAUUUCAUGUAUCAGAUUUACCGAUUGAUCCAAGCUCAACAUAUUUGCAAUUUUUAUGCACUUAUGCUAAUUUUCAUGUGAAUACCCUACAGAUGCUGAAACAGGCUGUGGAGUAUAAAUCUCAAGUGAAGGCCCUGAGGGGGCAAGAAAUGGACAUGAGGGCUCAGGUACAGGAACGAGGCAUCAUGUGCAACACAGGCUUGAUUUUUUUCUACAUCUCUGGAGUUUUGUGUAAUAUUCUACCGUUUCUCCCCAGCUUGAUGUCUACUCCAAGAAGUUUGACGAGAUCCAGGGCACGGUAUCAAAGAGUAACAGUGUCUACAGCGGCUUCAAACAGGAUAUGGACAAAGUGAGACUGAUUAUUUGAAGUCAGCGACAUGAUUAUAGUUGAAUAACUUUGUUUAUCUGCAAAUAAAACGUGAUAAAAACGGGAAACAAUUGAAACAAAUCCCGUGAGAUUUAUACUUAAACUGACAAGCUGUACAAUCCUACACUGUACUGUGGCAGCUAUUUUUGGACGUGCCUUUGAUAGUGUAUUGUGUAAUGUGAUUUUUUUUUGUCUUUUAGAUGGCCAAGAAGAUGAAAAAGCUUGAAAAGGAGAGUCAGUCCUGGAAGACUCGCUUUGACGGCUGCAACAAGAGUCUUAUUGACAUGGUAGCAGAUGUAAGGAACAUUGUUAUUUGGUUAUUUAUAGCAUAAAAUUCAACACUGACUUUCUUUCGCUUAAAGAUUUCUCAUUUUUUUUGCUGAUAUUUUUCGUUAUUGUUAACAGAAAGCAAUAAAGGAAAAGGAGUUUGAGCUUGUCACCAUCAAGAACCAGAAGCUGGAGAACCUUUGCAGGGCUUUGCAAGAGGAGAGGAAGAGUCUUUAUGAGAAAGUGCAGGGAGCUGGGAGUCAACCAGAGAGCAACACAACUGAACCAAUAGAGAAGAGCCCUGAGGUGCAGGAGACCCCGAAAAACCCUGAAGAUGUCCAGCCUGCCCAGAACCCUGCAGCCCCUGAACCUGCUGCCUCCACAAAGACACCAAAACCCGAAACUCCGCUCACCAAGGAACUGGAGAAGCUGAAGUCUGAGCAGGCACGACUGAAGGAAAUCGCCACUUCUUUCACCAUCUCUCAUGUCGUUCCCACAGAAACAGCCACUAGCCAAUCACAAGAACUCUCUGAGGGUGCCCAGAAGCUGGAUGAGCACCACAUAGAGGAGAGCAACAGCAGUCAAGUCCAGGAGGCGGAGGAAGACGGACUCCAAGGACAGAGAGAUUUGGAGAUGGAGUCAGUUGAUUAA